CCGUCGCCUUCUAUAAUCCAUAUUCCGCGGUCCGUCUGUCAGACUCAGUAUUCACUACUCAAUUCAGUCGCAUACUUACUUGUUGCUACUUGUUGCCAUAGAAACGUUUUUACAUUUAGUUUUUGGUACAAAACGCGCAACUAAACCAUAUCAAAAAUGGCUGAUGAAGAGGAAGUUGUAGAUGAGGAGCCAGAAGUAGCGCAAGUUGGAAGUGGCGAAAGUGAAGCAGGACUUAGCCCAGUGGAAGCAGAAAAACCUCUUGCCCCACCCAAAUAUGAAGUUCGACCACGUCUGGGCCAUAAAUUUCAAGCUCGGAAUGUGAAGGCCAUUAUAUUAUCAACAAUGAAAGAGCAAUUGACGGAUCGCCAGUAUCGUGCAGAUCAAGCACCACGUUGGGCUAAAAUUAUUUCGAACGCAGUACGGCAAAGAGUUCAAGACCUUGAUAUGAAGAGAUACAAGAUCCUCGUUCAGACAACUUUACUGGAGAUGAAGGGCGCUGGUUUUAAGUGCGGACAAAGAUGCAUCUGGGAUCCGGAAACUGAUUAUUACGCGGAUGAAUUGUUUCGCAACGAUACUAUCUUCUGCCACACAAUCGUGUAUGGCGUUUAUAUGUAUUGAUGUGUGUAUAUUACAAGAUAUAAUUAUUAUAAUAAAACGUAAAUGAAGUAUUAAUAAGUAAUUAGUCCUUUUUAAACCGACUACGGCGCAGCGAAGGAGGAUAAUGCAUUGUGUGUGUGCGUGUGUUUCUUUCUAUGUGUCAGGCUGUGUACCUGAUGUAUGGGCUGGUUGGGUUGAUUGGGCUAUAGCUCAAGCUGGUAGGGUUUUGAAUGCGUUAAAUAUAUAUUUUUUUUAACGAAAAGUGUUUCUGUAUUUAAAUAAAUUGAAACCCCAUGUAUUUUUCUUAGAAUAAAAGGCAAUGUAAUUAUUAUAAAUAUA